AUUACUCUUAACGAUGGAACAAACAUCCGCGUCAAGCUACUAGGCGACGAACAUACAGAUAGACCGUUGUUGAUAGCCCUUCAUGGUGCACCCGGACUUUCGAGCCUCAAUGAGCCACUUGCUUCGUUUGCCUUUCUCGCAGACAAGUUACGCGUGCUCGUAUACGAUGCAAGGGGAAGCGGGAAGAGUGAUUCCCAGGGUUCAUUAGCAGAUGAGCAGUGGAUUUCCGAUCUGGAUGAGAUCAGACACUACAGAGCCUGGGCCGGCGUUGAGACAUUCAUACUUGCAGGGGGUUCAUAUGGUGGCUUUCUUGCUCUCGGAUACGCUUUGACGUAUCCUGACCGACUUUUAGGCCUAAUCUUGCGCAACACUUGGGCCUGCGGAUUCAGGGGAAGCUUGCGUAUCCUGAAGAACAUUUGUACUUCGCCACGAAUCAGCCCUGACGUUGAUCGCCAGGUAAGGAUGUGGUCUGGCAAUGUCAGAGAUAAUGAAGAUGGCGCAAAUGGGUUGGCAGAGAUCCUUGCUAUAUACACGCCCGCAAAGGAAAUGAACGAGGAAGAGGGUCCUGCAGCUUUUGAGGGUGCUGGAGAUGACUUCAAAAUGCGCUGGGAGGUGCAUAAUGCCGCUUGGUCAUCCAGCGUGCCUCGAUUUGACGUCCGCAACAAGCUUCAUCAAAUUAAUACCCCCACUUUGGUAAUCGCUGGACGUCACGAUCCCAUCUGUCCCGUUGAAGAUUCAGAGGAGAUUCACCAAGGAAUAUCCAGGAGCGAGCUUGUAGUUUUCGAAAGUUCUGGUCAUAAC